GCAUUGAGUGCGAUCACAGAAUCAUACCAGGAAAGUGAGCGUAGUACCGAACAUGGUCGCCUUGUGAUUUGCUAAAGGCAGCGGCUCAUCUGGGUCCGGGGCGUCCAGCAGCAUCUGCGUAUACAUUUCCUCCCAUGUUGCCAUCUUGAUGAACGUCUUGAUGUCAACGCCAGCGCCGGCGCUGUUCUGGAAGGUGCAGAAUUGUUAUAAGGGCUGUGACCCACGCCGCACGGCGGGACCGCAAGCCCUAAUGACUGACAGGAUACCGUCUGCCGCCUCCCACGAGGCUACUGUGGACGAUUCAGGGCCGUUGCCAAGCACGAGCUUUAUGCCGUCCACACAGGGCUAACGCAGGUGGAGACGCGCUGGAGGCUCCACGCUAGGUGAUAAGCGA